UGACAAUGACAAAUUCAAUAUUUCCAUGUUUCUAUCUGUCAUCUGUCUGUUGUGCGGAGGUUAAAUUUCUCGUCUCGAUCUUCACUAAAAAAGAAAUUGUUUCAUCGAAAUGGCAAAUAAUCAAAAGAAAAAGUCAGACAAAGGUAAUACUCCAGAGGAAAUAUUAAGCGGAUUUCAUUCGUUAAGAGCCGAACAAAGAGCACUUUCUGGUAAAUUAUCAGAAUUUGAAUUAGAUCUGAAUGAACACAAAAUGGUCAUCGAGACAUUGAAAAACGUGAAUGAGGAUAGAAAAUGCUUUAGAUUAAUAGGGGGCAUUUUAACAGAGAGGAAAGUGAAAGAUGUACUACCAGUUUUGAUUACAAAUCAGGAAAAAUUGAAGGAAUUCAUUGAAAAACUCCAUGAACAAAUAGCUAAAAAGGGACAAGAAAUCAAUGAGUACAGAGAAAAACACAAUAUCCGAUUUAGGGGUCUAGAUAAUCCAAAACAAGACGAGCAACCUGUAUCCACUUCAGAAGCCAGAGGAAAUGUGUUAGUUUCCUAACGAUAAUACUUGCUAUCACACUCAUUUUUUGUCAUGCUACAUACUAACAAGUUAUUUAUUCAUUUUAUAGCCGUUCAUAGGGUAUAUCAUUAAUGAGAACUGUUUUAUUUUGAGACAUAACUGAUGGCCAACAGAUAAAUAUUUCGACUGUUGUCAUAUUUGAGAACUUUUGGAGGCACCAUAAGUUCUAAUUUUGCUUUUCCGUUGUCUUUUCUAUCUCUGAAUUUUCCAGUAAAUUGAUUAUUAAUUGUCAAGUAUAUGAUAUAGUGAAAACAUGCGAGUAAUCCUAUUUUAUUUGAAUAAUUUCUCAUGGGUGCUGUAUUUCAACCCUUUAUAUUUUCUAAAUCAAAUUCUGCAUUUGAAAAACUAUUCGCAUUAAACAUUUGUUACAAAGCA